UGUGAUUCUGCAGCAGCUCUUCUCAGAAUCACGGGGGGGCAAAAUGUUCAUUCUUUUUGCCUUUCCCUCAGAAUUUAGCUAAACUAUGGUGCCAUUUUGAACAUGAUCGAGCUUCUUCAUGGAAGCCUUGGAUUAUAUUCUUUUAGCUGUAAUGUCUUAGAUUUGUAAUAGAUUCUGGUUGGAAUUCUUGUUGCUGUUUUUGAGUUGUUGUUGGUUGAGGCCAAGUCAUGGCGCCAGAGCUAGCCUUGCCAUUCUCUGUUGUAUCUGUGGUCGAAGAUGUUCUUCAGACGCACGGAAGCUGUUUAAGCGACAUUCACUUGGCAUCAAGGAUGGCAGAAGAAGCUUCCUCAAGAAGGAAUGAAGCAGCUGGGUGGCUAAGAAAGACAGUUGGAGUUGUUGGAGGGAAAGACAUUCCAGAUGAGCCUACUGAAGAAGAUUUCAGGAUUGCAUUACGAAGUGGCAUUGUCCUUUGCAAUGCUCUUAACAAAAUUCAACCCGGAGCAGUGCCCAAGGUAGUUGAAGUCCCCUGCGAUAGUGUUGUCAUUCCUGAUGGGGCACCUCUGUCUACUUACCAAUACUUUGAAAAUGUAAGGAAUUUUCUGGUAACUAUGGAAGAAAUGGGGCUUCCCACCUUUGAAGUGUCCGAUAUAGAACAGGGAGGAAAAUCUUCGAGGAUAGUGAAUUGUGUUUUAGCACUUAAGUCUUACAGUGAAUGGAAACAGGGAGGAAAAAAUGGGUCAUGGAAAUAUGGUGGGAAUCCAAAGCCACCUACCAAUGCUAAACCAGCUAUUAUGAUGAAAGUCUCAGAACCAUUCAUGAGGUCUUUGUCAAAGGGUAGUAGGUUAGGCGAUAAAGAUGGGUUACUGAAUGAUAUUUCUACAAACAGUGAAGGGGGUUCUAUACCCUCCCUGAAUUUACUAAUUCGUGAAAUUUUAUCUGACAAGAAGCUAGAAGAAAUUCCCACUGUGGUGGAGUCUCUACUUAGCAGAGUCAUGGAGGAGUUUGAAAAACGCUUGCUAAUCCAACAAGAAAUGUUCAAAACAACUCAAAACCAUAAGGCAGUGCCUGAAGCAGAGGAUUCCAAUGUGAAAUCUGCUUGUAAUGGUGAAGAGAUGGAACAAGAUAAAGAUGUGGUGGUUAAACACAAGGAAUUUGUUGAUGUGAAGUACAAUGUCGAUGAAGAACCAAACAGCCAGUAUUUUAAGCAGCAAGAGUUAUUUCAGCAGCAAAACGAGAACGUCCAGGAAUUGAAAAUGAUGGUUCAUCAAACAAAAACAGGAAUGCAGGUUCUGCAAAAUAAAUACCAGGAGGAUAUGAUCUAUCUAAGUAAACACCUGCAUGGCCUAGCUUCUGCUGCUUCAGGAUAUCAGAAAAUUUUUGAAGAAAACCGCAAGCUUUAUAAUCAAUUGCAAGACCUUAAAGGAAAUAUUAGGGUGUACUGUAGAGUUCGUCCCUCAAAAGGUGCCCAACCAAAUCAUCAUUGCUCUGUCAGUAACAUAGAUGAAGGAAGUAUAUCACUCAUAGUGCCAUCCAAAAACGGGAAAGACGGGAAGAAGACAUUUAAUUUCAACAGAGUCUUUGGUCCUUCUUCAACCCAAGCGGAGGUUUUCUCAGAUACAAAACCACUUAUUCGUUCGGUUCUUGAUGGCUACAACGUGUGUAUAUUUGCUUAUGGUCAGACAGGAUCAGGAAAAACACACACUAUGUCUGGACCAGACAAUUAUACUGAGGAAACAGUGGGUGUCAACUUCCGGGCUCUGAAAGAUCUUUUCCAAAUCUCGGAGCAGAGAAAAGACACCAUUCACUAUGAUAUAUCUGUUCAAAUGCUUGAGAUUUACAAUGAACAAGUCAGAGAUCUAUUAUCGACAGACAGUACUCACAAAAGAUAUCCUUUUUUAGAAAUCCGCAACAGUUCUCAUAAUGGCAUUAACGUGCCAGAUGCAAACCUUGUUCCUGUUUCAUCCACUUCCGAUGUCUUAAAGUUAAUGAACUUGGGACAAAAUAACCGGGCAGUUAGUUCUACUGCCAUGAAUGAUCGGAGUAGUCGUUCUCAUAGCUGCUUGACAGUUCAUGUUCACGGAAGAGAGCUAGCAUCAGGGAAUAGUCUUCGUGGUUGUAUCCACUUAGUUGACUUGGCAGGAAGUGAGAGGGUUGAUAAAUCUGAGGUCACAGGAGAUAGGCUGAAGGAGGCUCAACAUAUUAACAAGUCGCUUUCUGCAUUAGGAGAUGUAAUUGCUUCUCUUGCCCAAAAGCAAUCACACGUUCCUUAUAGGAACAGCAAACUUACUCAGUUACUUCAAGAUUCUCUCGGAGGCCAAGCAAAGACACUUAUGUUUGUUCAUGUUAGUCCCGAGCCAGAUGCCAUUGGAGAAACAAUCAGUACAUUGAAGUUCGCAGAAAGGGUAUCCACUGUUGAACUUGGUGCUGCUCGAGUUAACAAAGAUAGUUCAGAGGUCAAAGAGCUUAAAGAACAGAUUGCGAUUCUAAAGGCAACCUCCGCCAGGAAGGAUGGAGAAUCGGAACAAUUUCAUCAGUCUGCAAAUAGCAUUUCUGAAACUCCAAAGUCCAAAUCUCUAUUGUCUUCCACUGCACGGUCUCCUACUUCGUCUCAUGGAAAUCGUAAGCCACCAAGGGAAGAUUCCAGUAACACCGUUGAGGACAAGAAAAAGGGUAGCCCGAAGCUCACGAAAAGAGGAAGCCUUGACCCCUUGGACGUUCGUAGGAACUCACCACCUUGGCCACAUCAUGCAGAGGAAAACGGAAAUGAGGAUGAUAAAGAAUUGGUUUCUGGGGAUUGUCUUGGUAAGCAUACAAAAAGGAAUGGCCAAAACAACCUCGUGGGAGACUGUGAUACAGAAAGCAAGCGGUCAUCUUCUCCAACGCUAAGUCCCUUGGAUAUUUUUGACCCUUCCAAAAUAUGCACGGAGGUGACCACCAUAAAUGACUGUGAUGAAUUUGAGUUAGCAACCAGUGAAAGCUCAGAAUCAGACAAGAGUUGGGAAUCAUCACAUGUACACGUACCAAAAGCAACCACUCUUUCCAACGGAGUAGCAGCUAAAACAAAAAAAUCACCACAUUCAAGACAAGCCAAGAAUCAAGAAAACAGGAGUAAGAUCCCCUCAUUGUCUCCUUCAUCAUCAAGGAGACAACCGACGGUAGUUAGUCAACAGAAAAAGCAUCUAGAUGCAAAAAGAAGAACUGGAAAUGCCAAAUGAGAAAGCUGCUCAAGAUAUUUUGUUGCUUCACCACCUUAACAUUGUAUCUAUAAUUUAGUUGCGCAGAGAGAAGCUUUUUUUUCUUUUUUUUUUUUCCAUUAGAGGGGCAUAAAAUAGUUACCU